AAAGUUGUUUUAUACAUCUGUGACUACUAUCGAGUACGACCUGAUCUAAAGUUUAGUAUACAAAACUCCUAACUAUAAACUGUAUCAACUAUCGAGAUUUGAGAGAAAUUGAGAAAAACAUUAUAAUAUUAGGUUUAAGUCCCUCAAAUACAGGUGUUUACUGUUUAAGUGUCGUUGUGAUUAUAUCGUACGACAGUCUACAUAAUAUAACCAAAAUGAAUUACAAUUAAGUAUUUGUAUUAUAUACCAUUUACGUCAUAAACAAUAAAGCUCAAAACCAGUUAUUCAUUAUAUUGCACUGUUCUGUAAUAUGACAUAUUUUAAUUACUUAUUGAAUAAUUUAUAAUUACUAACCUUAUCAUCUUUUAUCACAAGGUAACGUACUAACUACUAACACUACAACUAAUAUGCCUCUCAUAGAUUAAAGGCAGAAAAAAAUAUGUUUUUGCUACUUUGCACUCGAAUUUCAUAUUAUUCACCUUUAACAAUUUGUUGUCUUUUAAGGUAGUUAAACAUUUCAUACAAUAUAGAAUUUGAUUGUAAAGUAUAAAAUAAACAUGAGUCAUAAUCUUCCGGGUAUUGAAGAUAAUAAUGAAGACAUACUACCACCAGAAAAAAGAAUUCAACAAUUGUUGUUGUUAAGUUCAAAAAUCGAGUUAAACACCAAUAUAGCAGCUAGAAAAUAUUACCGAUCGGGGCGAGAGAUGAUUAGUAUGGCUGAUGUAUAUACUAAAGAAAACAAUUUGGAACAAGCUUAUAUUCUCUAUAUGAGAUUUAUGACAUUAUUUUUGGAAACUAUUAAUGAACAUCCAGAUUACAAAAAUGUACCAAUAGAAGAACGUAAUUUAAAUUAUCGGGCUCUUCGUGAAGUCCUUCCAAUAGCAGAAAAUAUAAAAACUAAAUUAUUAGAACAAUAUAGUACUCAGUAUGAAUUGUAUCAAGAACGAAAAGCAUUACAAGAAUUUAAAGAAAAACGUGAAAAAAAAUUAUUAAGUAUAGAAAAGAAUAAUAUACCAUCAAAUCAAAAUGUCACUCAAGAAGAAUUAAAUACAACUUUAAAUAAUGCCACAGUACCUGAAUUAAAUAAUACUUAUUUAAAUAAUCCUACAUCAUUUGAAUCAAGGCCAUCAAAUCAUAAUUUAAUCGAUUUUAAUGAAUUGGACGAUAUUACUCUAUCAUCAAAUAUUCCUACACAUUCAAAUUCAAAAAUUCAAUUUAAUCACCUUAAACCUAUUGUUGAUAGAAGUACCAAACCAUUGUUAAAUAAGAACACCACAAACCCGUACAAUCUUCGUCAAAUAAUAGUUCCUGGCAAUUUAACUAAAAGAUUUCUAGAACAAGCACAACGGAAUACAUCCAAUAACUUAGAAACUUGUGGUAUAUUAGCAGGAAAAUUGAGUUCUAACUGUUUAAUUGUGACUCAUUUGAUGAUUCCAAAACAAAGUGGUACAUCAGAUUCAUGUACUACAAUGAAUGAAGAAGAUAUUUUUGAAUUUCAAGACAAGCAAGACCUUAUUACCUUAGGAUGGAUACAUACUCAUCCAACACAAACUUCUUUUAUGUCAAGUGUAGACUUACAUACACAUUAUUCAUAUCAAUUAAUGAUGCCAGAAGCUAUUGCAAUUGUCUGUGCUCCUAAAUAUAAUGAAUCAAAUUUCUUCUUUUUGACGCCUUAUCACGGAUUACAAGUUAUAGCUGAUUGCAAAUUUGUCAGUGGUUUUCAUACUCACAACACAGAUGGUGAUAUUUAUGCUAUUGCUGAACAUUACGUAUUGGAUGACAACUUGCUGGUCAAUAUGGUUGAUUUUAGAUAAUAAAUAGAUAACAGUAUUUUAAAUAUUUUUUAAAUGUUAACCAUGUGAAAAAUUAGAGUAGUUAGUAUCUCUUGUAUGUUCUGGCAUAAUUUACUUUUAUCAAUUUAUUUCAUAAUUUUUCAAUGUUUCGGAAAACUCAAGAAAAAUGAAAGUAGUGAAAAUGUUAUUUAUCAUUCAUUAAUUUUAAAAGCCAAAAAAAAGAGUUGUUUCUCCAAUUUUCUUAUAAUUUUAUGACCAGCUUUUUUUAUUUAUUGUGCUUGUUUUUUUUUUUUAUUUAAUUUAAUUCUUUAACUUUCUUUAAUUUAAACUCUACAAUUUCAGUUCUGUUGUUUUAAAAACACUUUUCUAUAAACUUUUCUACAUUAUUUUUAAAUCUAAAAUAAAUUCUAAAUUUAAUAUUCAAGUCUUCACUUUUUAUAACAGCAAUUUCUUGGUAAAAAAAAAAAUGAGCCAUACCUACAAUUUUUUCAGUUUUUUACCUAUAUAAAGUUAGUUAAAACAUAUUUUAUUAUCUUCUUACUUUUUUAGUUAUUAAAUGUUAAACCAAAAAGGUUAAAUUUUCACAGAGCAUAUUAUAAUAUUUUUCGUUACUAUUUUUGUUUAAAAAAAAUAUAUAUAUAAUAUAUAUAUUGUAGACAAUAUUUUUUUAUCUAUUUUGAGAUAUAAUGAAAUCAAUUGAGUUCUCUAAGUUAUCAUUACAUACAGUAGAUAGAACUGAUAGAAGGUACCUAUGUAUUAAAACUAAUUCACAUUUUGUAUACCUAUUAAUUAUUAAAACUUGGUAUUUGUUGAUUCUAAGAAAUAUAUCUUAUUCAUUAUUUUUAAAUAAUUAUUCAAUAAUCAAUUAUCUCAAUUUUAACAUAUUUAUUAACUAUUAUAUUAAUUGUUGAUUAAUAAAUUAUUUUUUAUAUUUAUGUCUUUAUAUGAAUUUUAAUUUACCUUUAUAAAUGGUUAAAUACUUAGAUUUCAAUCUAGGAUUACACAUUCUCUAAUUGAAAAUUAGCCCAAAUGUAACAAAUUAUGUUGUUGGGUGAUUCAUGAAUAUAAUUAUAAUUUAUAAAGAGUGAAUUUUUGAAGACACAUUACUUAACCAUUCAAUUUGAAUUACUUAUUAAAUAUUUAUGUAUAUUAAAUCGAACAUUUGUUAGUAAUUGUGAAUUGUUAUUGAUUUAUUUGAAUCAUCGUUAAAUAAAUUGCCUGUUUAUUUAU